AGGCCUACGAAAGAACCUGUCGGUAUUUGGCGAGGAAGAGCAAUUCUGUGGUGGUAGCUGUUGAGUAUCGUUUAGCCCCUAAACAUCCAUUCCCAGCCCAGUUUGAGGACUGUCUCACUGCCACCAUCCACUUCCUGAGGACUGCACAGGACCAUGGAGUUGACCCUUCCCGUGUUGUCAUCUGUGGAGACAGCAGUGGAGGUGCACUCACUGCAGCUGUUAGCCAAGCCCUGGGGUACAGAAGAGAUGUCCCCAAGCUGAGAGCACAAAUCCUGAUCUAUCCUUUCCUCCAGAGUGUGGACUUUGAUUUGCCUUCUUACCAGCAGAAUGCAAAUAUCCCUGUUCUGCUACGGGAACGGACGGUUGUUCUUGGCUUGAAAUAUCUUAAUAUAGACUUGUCUGUUAUCAAAGAAGUAUUUAAAGGUUGCCACCUUCCAGAGGAUAUGAAACUGAAGUAUCAGAAAUGGGUGAGUGCUGACCACAUCCCUGAGGAGUUUAAAACAAGAGGUUACAAACCAAGUCCGACACAUCCAUUCUCAAAAGAAACCUAUACAAAGGCUAAGAUUAUGUUUGACCCUGUUUUUUCCCCACUGUUAUGUGAGGACAGUGUCAUUGCUCAGCUCCCUGAGACUUUCAUUUUGACCUGUGAAUUUGAUGUGCUCAGAGAUGAUGGAUUGCUGUACAAGAAACGAUUAGAGGAUCAUGGUAUCAAAGUGACCUGGUGCCAUCUGCAAGAGGGAAUCCAUGGAACAAUGUUCUUAGCUCUAUUUGGUAGGCCAAUAGCAUUCCAAUCUGGAAUUAAAGGCCUGGAAAAGAUAGUAAGUUUUCUACGAUUGAUGUAA